CCACGGAAGCAGAUGAAGUGACCCCUUUCGUGAACCGGAUUGUAAUUGUGUGGAAAUGUGUAAAAUCUCUAGUUAAACAAUCACAACGCUGUGAGCCUUACUAUAUGGUGAACCCGUAUAGCAAAUUAUUGAUAACGAGAGAAAUAGUACAUAGAUCUAUUCCAGCAGAUCGUCCUCCAACUCACCUCUCAAGAUGUCUGAAGACGGAUCAGGUCAGACAGCAGCGAACCGAAACCCCAUAAACACGAGCAUGAAUGUUAAUCAACCGCAGAGGCCCGUGCACUGCAAAACGCCGAUACAAAUCCUCCACGAGUACGGCAUCAAGACCGGCAACCUGCCGGUGUACACCAUGGAGAAAGCAGAGGGGGAGGCCCACCAGCCCAGCUUCAUCUUCAACGUCAAGAUAGAAGACGUGUGCUGCUCAGGUCACGGUUCCAGUAAGAAGGCGGCCAAACACCGGGCGGCCGAGGGCGCUUUGAGCCUGCUGCAGAUCAACAUGGGAUCCGCUGUGUGCCCUGCCGUCAAACAAGAAAGCAACGGUGUCGCAGCAGAGCCCAGCGAACACCCCAACUCAGUCGGCAUACUGCAGGAGCUCGCUCUGCAGCGGGGCUGGCGUCUCCCCGAGUACACAGUCCUCAUGGAGGCCGGCCCGCCCCACCGGAGGGAGUUCACGGUGACCUGCCGCAUGGAGUCCCUCUCUGAGACCGCCGCGGGGAACUCGAAAAAGGCCGGGAAGCGAGCGGCGGCCAAUAAGAUGAUUGCGAAGCUCCAGAGUCUGUCGGGAUGUGGAGAAAUAACCUGGGCCCCGAAACCCAGCAUCCGGCUGGAGGAGCUGCGGAGCUCCACCGCGGAGAAGCUCUCUCUGCUGCGCCGGAGCCCCCUGAGCAUCCCCAACACGGACUACAUCCAGAUGAUGUCAGAGCUCGCCACGGAGCAGAGCUUCGAGGUCGCCUACUUCAACAUCGACGAGCUGACGGUGAACGGGCAGUACCAGUGCCUGGUGGAGCUGUCCACCACGCCGGUGACCGUGUGCCACGGGACCGGCAUCAGCUGCGGGAACGCGCAGAACGACGCGGCGCACAGCGCUCUGCAGUACGUCAAGAUCAUGGCGUCGGCCAACUGAAGCCGGCAACAUCAGUGGCACCCACCUGUUAUUUUUGUUUUUUUAUGUAUCUCCGAAGAGAGAGGUGUGUGUGUGUGUGUGUGCGUGUGUAUAUACCCAUGGACACAUUGAGACCUUUUUUGUCGGUUUUUUCAUUUGUAUUUAUUUUUGGUUUAAAUCCAUGGACACCAGUUACUUCUGAAUGUCCAUAAAGCACUCGUUGGUAAGCUUUGUGUGUGGCCCUGUCGAGUGAUGCGUUGUGUUCCACGUCUUGUUCUUUUAAAACACUCAUUUGAGCGGCAGCUUUAGCCCCAGAAUGGAAUCAAUGGAACAAGCACUUCUUGAUGAGUGAUGAGAUUUACUAGGAUUAAUAUAUCUAUAUGUUAAGGGAGCUAAUUGAUGGAAAUAGUAAAUGGUAUUGUUUGUUUAAGAGUAAUGGAAAGGCCUUCUAUUUGAGUUUAUUUUCUAUCCAGUUAAUUUGAUGAUGCGUAACUAACGAUAGCCAUUUGGUUAGGAUAAGUCUGUGUUUAGAAACGUUUAGUGACUUAACACUAAAAUAGGAACUAGUCUCGGUAGCUACAAAUGCCAUAUUUGUAUUUUGACAGUACUGUUGAACUUAAUUUCUGUUUUUCCAGCCUUUUUACCCAAACGUUCAUCUGUACUUUGAAAAUAUGAAAAAACAAUUGUGACAUUUGUUUCAAGUUUGACUGUCUCAUUCUGUUAUUUAGGCCGUUUAAUUCUUCGUAUUAAAGAAUAUGUAGGAGAUAUCCAAUAUUUUAACUUGGAAAGUCUUCCAACACAUAAGCGGGGUGUAAAUCAUGCUCGGAGCAGGAGGAAAUGUGAAAGAUGACUUCCACCAACGAUGCAUUAAAAGUGACAUAUUAUACUAAUAAUAUUACACUCACUCCUGGUGGUAUAUUAUGUCACCUUUAACAUUUCCCCCGAUACAGAACCCCUAUCUUCUUUCAGUAUUUAGCCAGCGAAGUACAGCACAUACUACUCCCAAGUCCCAAGUUUUGAAGUUUUAUUCAAACAAGCACUAUGUAGCAGCAGAGUACCGUGUUCGUGGAGAGAUAUGUACUUCUUAAAAUUGCACUUCAGAAGGUACCCAUUGGAGAAUGGAUUCUGAGAACCUCGACGACGGCACCUCGCGAUAGGCCCACGCGUCUGUCCGUCAAACUAAAGACCCAAUCAGGGAAAGGAAACCUUUUGUAAGGCUUUUGCAACAUUCAUUGGCAGGCGGUUCAACAUGCAGGGAGGAGAACGGGUGGGCGUCUUCUGAGAGGGGUCAUUGGGUCAUGGCCUGGCCUACAGUGAUCAAGAGCUUCAGGACGUUUUCUUUUUUCUAUGGAACAAAGUUCAGAGGUUCUACGACACCACACACUAAGCAAUACAAUUUCUUCCCGGAAAAAAAAUAAUCGGAAUAACCCAUUACGUUUCAAAAACAUUUACUUUGUCAGUUAGGCCUUUAUUUUUUUAUUUUAAUAUCACCCCCGUGUGUAAAUGUAUUGUAAUUGCAGUUAUCGACAAUAAGCGCAUCUGUUACUUGUGGGGCAAACGGAAUGAGGAACAUCUUUAAUACGCAAGCAUAUUACAGUCAAAUAAACAAUUCUUUGCCAUCUUAA